AUGUCAUCUUCUUUGAGAGUCCCCGUCGGGACGAUGGAUUAUAAUCCAGACGAUCUCGACGGCGUGACUCUACACAAUCAACUUCCUAAUCCCCCGUUCGAAUUCCCACUGAGAUCCUCCACCGACGCAAUGCGCGACUAUACACCUGCUCCGCUGCCGGCGUUUUCUUUCAAUCCGGGCAACAUACAUGCGUCCACACCAUCAACAUCUACGAUCACAGCCCCCAGACCUAUCGGCCACAGACGGCGUCCUAGCGAACUGAUUCGGGCAGAUGGUCCCCCAAGUCCUCGAAUGAUGGCUACAAGUCCUGGAACUGCGGAUGGAGAAAACACAGCUUUGCCUCCGCCAGGAAUCAGCGCACCGCCUCGUGGUCCCGGCCGGCGGGGUCAUGCUCAUCGCCGCUCUCAGGCCAUGUCAAGUAUGGACCUGACUGCUCUUACUCUCGCUGCACCUCCAACUGCACCUCCGACCCUGACAGUUGGAAGUGCUCCCACGACGCCUGCCGAUAACAAGUACGACUUCCAGGGUCAUAUGUCCCGCCCAAUGUCUCGUUCCGCUAUCGAUCUACUCCCACAACCUAGUCCGCCAGCUUCUCCAGCGAAACAACCGGCGACUCUUCGCCCAGAUUUUGCCUUCCACGACAGACCUCGUCCAGUAUCGAUGAUAUCCACAGAAACAUCCAGCAGCCUAUCAACUGUUCGACCGAACCAUUCCAGGGUAAGUAGUGCAGCACCAAGUAACAAACUUGAAGGCUCUUACUCGGCAGAAACAAUCAAAGCCCGGCCAAAGACUGCGGAUCCAGGUGUACUGUUGUCUAAAUUAUCGAAACCAUCGGAACACUUUGGCGAAAUGUCUUUUCUAAGGAGGUCAUCUGUGGGCAUGGGACCAUUAGGUUUAGGGCGCCAAUCAUCUGAGACCGUGGAUCUGUCGGAUACCGAAUCUAUAAAGGAGAAACACUCUUCGAAAAAGAAUAAAAAGAAGAAGAAGAAGAGAAAAGAGGAGGAAAAGGCGACUUUUGAGGAACAAAAACGCCAGUGGAAUUUACUAUCUGCUGAACGAACACUUGAUAUUUCACAGGACCCGUCGGUCGAAAAGUGGGAAUCAGCUUCUAGCUUCAAUUCGCGGUCCGGCGCUGAAGACGGCAGUCCUCAUAAAGGGGAUGGGUCUCACAGCAAAAAGCAGAAGAAAGUCCGUAACUGGGCUGGUCACAUAUUCCCACUCAAGAACAAGCGAACUCAUGUUAAACGACCAUUAUCCCGAAGAAGCCCGACGCCGCCUCCUAUCCUAACUCGUACCAAUUCCGACUUGGGUUCGAUCGAAGUCAACUUCGACGAAGACAACACGGUUAUCAUACGCACACCCACGAAUCCCAACAUACCGAAACAGACCACUCAGGACACAGAGGAAGAAAGCGACAAAGCAUUUGAGAAAGCAUGGAAACCACGCAGCUUCUAUGAGCAAGGUCUUGAACAUGACACGUUUAGUCCUGUCAUUGAUCUUGACGCAGCAUUAGGCCCUUUCAAUACUCCUGAAAUGGGUGCUGGUAGAAUUGCCGGAAGUGCAUUUUCACAGGCAACCAAACGGAUGUAUAGCGGUGGACGUCGCGGUGAAUUUGUCGGUCCAGAGAUGCGCUACCACCGACGAGCCGAAAGCGCACCGGAAAUGCCUCCCUUUGAUCGCAGUGCGCUGGUUGGAUUUCCUCGCUUGGGUAGCGACAACGCUAUGGCCAGUGUGGAUGUUUUCUACGAAGAGGAGGAAGAUGCGUUUUUGGCAGAGCAUCAGUCUCCUAUAACCAAAAACAAGGAUCAUGCCGAUGAAGAGCAAGAAAAUGUCGAGUUCGGAAGCGUUCUUGAUGAAGAAAGUGAAGGUGAUCUGCUUCCUUCAAGUAGUGAGACCUUACAGGCUCUUCCGCGACCAACAUCCGCUCUUGAUUUUUCUCGUGACGAUGGCCUUGGCAUUCAGGUUGUAGAUGACGCUGUUGAGGAAGACGGACCAGGCGAUGCUGUCGAAGAGGAAGAAGAAGAAGAAGAAGAAGAAGAAGAAGAAGAAGAAGAAGUGGAAGGGAAUGAUAUAGUACCCUCGCAUUAUCAGGUACAGAAGAAGAACUCAGUGGAAAUAGUCGAGGCGGAUCAGUGGGCGCAUCCUCGCGUGCCACAUCACGCAAACAACAGCCCUGAUCUAUCUCCUCGCAUGCUAGCUAUUGAGAAGCGACCUUGCUCAUCACCACUUGAUCUGAACUCCGGUCUGUCCCAGUUGACACUUCCCUCUCGUCACGCUUCAAGUUCUGCUUUCCCGUCACCGGAUCCGUCAAACAUGUCUUUUGAUGGACCGAGAUCUGCGACAGCGUCAUCCAUGACCGAUCACACCACUUUCAAUCAAUCUCUUCACGACCAGAGGCAGAGCUCGUUUGAAGAUGUUCCAUCUUUGAGCAGCAGUGCAUCAACACGGACGAAUCCUCGAGCGCGAUUCUCAUCCAGCUUCUAUCCUCAUUCGUCGAGCGAACGACGGGAAUCUUUUAAUGCUUUACCACCCCGCUCUAGCCAUUCAAAUUCUGCAAAGCGCUCUAGUCUGGUUAGUCUAUCCAGACUGGUGGGCGCCUCAUACGGCGAGAAAAGCAAAUUGAGCCAUGAAGAGAAACCACCAGCAGAUGAAGCCGAAAAGACUCGAAGGAAGAGUAAUCGGGUCAGUCGGUUGAUGUUCUGGAAGUCGAAAGACAAACAGAGUGACUCUUAG